UGAGUGUGUAUCAGGGUAUGUAUAUGUCAAGACUCAGUUCUUAUCUUGCACCUAGACUUCUCCCCAGAGCUCAUGGGCCCUGAUUAAAGGUUCAGGUCAUGGCUGGUCUGCACCAUGCACAUUAUGUGUUUGUUCACAUGUGCCCUUUCAUUUGAGAUGAUAUCUGAGAUGUGCCCUUUCAUUUGAACAAUAGAUGGUAGUCAGCUGGUUUAGCAUUGUUGUGGAAUUCUUACCCAGUUAUGACGUUGUUUAGCUAGUGAAGUUAUGGCCGGCCAGUGACUAACAUGGGGUAUUGUCUUACAGAGUGUCUCUCUAUUUCAAACUCAGUAUCCUGCUAGAGUGAGUCAUCCGAGGUGCCUGUUCGUCAUUGGUAUAUAUUUAAUGCUCUGUGUUUGUCCGUGUUGCAUUGGAGCAAUCUCCGAUUCAGACAGCUGCAAAAAUGGCAAUGAGCAGCAUCCUGAACGCUGAUGACAUCAAGAAAGCCCUGGAUGCAUUCAAAGCUGCUGACUCAUUUGACCAUAAGAAGUUCUUCGAGAUGGUGGGGCUGAAGGCAAAAUCAGCUGAUGACGUGAAGAAGGCUUUCCAUGUACUGGAUGCUGACAACAGCGGCUUUAUAGAGGAAGAGGAGCUAAAAUUCGUGCUGAAGGGCUUUGCUACCAAUGGAAGAGAUCUGACUGAUAAAGAAACCAAAGCCUUCUUAAAGGCAGCUGAUAAAGAUGGAGACGGCAAGAUUGGAGUGGAAGAGUUUGCUGCUCUUGUCCAUGAGUAAACAAUACUGUCCUGGCCGUCCCUUGCACUAAUGACUCCUGACACACACACACACACACACACACACACACACACACACACACACACACACUGUACAUUUUCACUCACCUCCUACAAUCAUGCUAUUUAUUUUUUUUCCUUUUUUUAUUUUAUACAAAUGUGUGUUUGUGUUAGUGUACAUGUACAUAUACAAAUACAACUCUAGCAUAUGUACAUACACACAGAUCUGGUUUAUUGUUUCUAUUAUUUCUAUUAUUUCUAUUGUAUAGGUAUUUAUGGAAAUAAUUUUCUUUCAUUCUUUCUUUGAUGUUACUCAUGCUACUUGUGCUGCAAUGUUAAUUUGAAUUUCCCCUACAUGGGAUCAAUAAAGGUACAUCUUAUCUUACCUUAUCUCUUACUGUACAGGAGAAGAGGUGCAAACCUUCAUCUUGGAAGUAUGUACAGUAGCUACUUUAAGAGGAAUAGCCCACCCCCUUCAUAUGUAUUAAUCUGCAUUCCAUUUUCUUUCUUUCUUUCUCUUCUCCUUUUAUCAUUUGAUUGAUUGUUCUUUCCUCCACUUCUUGGCAUUGCUUUGCCCUUGUCCUGUCUCCAUCUCUCCCUGAUACAGAGCUGUUGUGAAAUACACCAAAUGAAGGAGGUCAAACUGUGAAAGAAAAAAAUAAAAGACAAUAUGCCUCGAGGGCUUUGACUCACUGUGGAUUUUUGCCAUCUGUCCUUAUGUUGUUUAUAGUUUUUGUCACAUAUAAUGUACUAAUCUUAUAGAUCUUUAGAGCAAGAGAGAGAAUGAGAGCUAGAGAGAGAGGGAGAGAGAGAGAACAAGAGAGAGAGACAAAGAGAGAGAGUUAGGUAAGUAUGGAAUACAUUGUAUUGGGUAUGUUUAGCAAUACACACAUUCAAUUGGAAGUGUUUUGUUUUGUGGCUUUAUUGCCCUGUCGCCAGGCCAGAAAACAAAGUGACUGUCAAACAAGCUAGUAUCAUCUAACAACAUCUAACAUCUAUCAAGCUAGUAUCAUCUAGAGACAGAGAGAGAGAGCGCGCUUGAUUAGGAAACCUGAUCUGUCCAGCACAAAACAUCCAUCCAUCCAUCCAUCUUCUACCGCUUACUCCUUCUUCAGCGUCAUGGGAACCUGGACCCUAUCCCAGGGAGCAUUGGGCACAAGGCGGGGUACACCCUGGACAGGGUUCCAGUCCAUCACAGGGCACAAUCACAUACACACUCACACCCAUUCAUAUACUAUGGACACUUUAGA